UGCCCACAGAAGCAUUUGUGCCCUUAGAAGGUAUAUUGGGGGACCGACGAUAGAACUUUAUGAAUUAUUGAGAAUUAUUAAAAGUGUUUAACUUAACUCAAAAGAUUCAGUUUAUUUAUGAGUUCAUCUUUUUCUUCAAGAAUGAUGAAGUCCUCUUUACAUGCAGAAGAGGAUGAUUUUGUGCCUGAGCUUCAGAGAAGUAUCCAUCCCCGUGAAAGACCAGAUUGGGAGGAGACCCUCAAUGCAAUGGCAAGAGGAGCAGACAUCCCUGAGAUUUCUGGAGAGUUAUCCUUGCGGACCUGCGGCACCACAGCUAGCAUGAAAGUGAAGAAUGUGAAAAAAUUGUCCUUCACCAAGGGCCAUUUUCCAAAGAUGGCAGAGUGUGCACACUUCCAUUAUGAAAACGUGGACUUUGGCAAUAUACAG